AAGCAGAUUAAAGUGUCAUAAGCAAAUGUUCUUAAUCCGUAAAGUUCGGAAAAAGCCGGGCGGCUUAUCCCCGGGUGUAAGGGGUUUAGGGGCGUUUAUAAAGCGGCGGCGGGCCGGCGGACCGCCACACCGCUCAGGCUCAGGCUCGCCAUGGGGAAGCACUUCCACCUGUACGAGAACGUCUCCAAGGUGAGCCCCUUCGAGGGGCCACAGUACUACCUGGCCCCCAUCUGGGCCUUCUACCUGCAGGCCGCCUUUAUGGGCUUUGUGUUUGUGGUGGGCGCGCCGCUCAACUUCGUGGUGCUGCUCGCCACCGCCAAGUACAAGAAGCUGCGGGCGCCGCUCAACUACAUCCUGGUCAACAUCUCCUUCGGUGGCUUCAUCUUCGCCUCCUUCUCCGUGAGCCAGGUGUUCUUGUCGUCGCUGCGCGGCUACUACUUCCUGGGCCACACCAUGUGCGCUGCCGAGUCGGCGGUGGGAUCCAUAGCAGGGCUGGUGACGGGCUGGUCGCUCGCCGUCCUCUCCUUCGAGCGCUACAUCGUCAUCUGCAAGCCGUUUGGAUCCUUCAAGUUCAGCAACAACCACGCGCUGGGCGCCGUGGGCUUCACCUGGUUCAUGGGGGUCGGCUGCGCCAUCCCGCCCUUCUUCGGCUGGAGCAGGUACAUCCCCGAGGGCCUGGGCUGCUCCUGCGGGCCCGACUGGUACACCAAGUGCGUGGAGUACAGCUGUGAGAGCUACACCUGGUUCCUGAUGGUCACCUGCUUCAUCAUGCCCCUCACCAUCAUCAUCUUCUCCUACUCCCAACUACUGAGCGCGCUCAGAGCCGUUGCCGCCCAGCAGGCCGAGUCGGCCUCCACGCAGAAGGCGGAGAAGGAAGUGUCCCGGAUGAUCGUGGUGAUGGUGGGCUCCUUCAUCACCUGCUACGGGCCCUACGCCAUCACGGCGCUCUACUUCGCCUACUCCACUGAAGAGAACAAGGACUACCGGCUCGUCACCAUCCCCGCGUUCUUCUCCAAGAGCUCCUGCGUCUACAACCCGCUCAUCUACGUCUUCAUGAACAAACAGUUCAACAGCUGCAUCAUGGAGAUGGUGUUUGGGAAGCAGAUGGAGGAAGCAUCCGAAGUGUCUUCAAAGACUGAGGUGUCCACGGCGUCUUAGUGUCUGGACCGCAGACAGAACCGAACUCUGCCGGACAUUUGGGACGUUUCAAGGUCCCGGAUGGACAUGUAAAUACAGUUUAUAUCGUUUAAAGUUUGUUUAUUUUAUUGUAGAACUGUUUAGAUUGAAAAGCAACGACAAAAAAGCAAAUAAAAAUAUCUUGAAUA